AUGAAGCUAUCCGGGGCGUUUGUCGCCUCAUCACUGUCCUGCGCUGUCCUUGCAGCUCGGCCCACCGUCAGCCCAGAGACUGCGCGUCUCAUCAUUGCCCAGCGCCUGGGCCUGUCGCGAUUCCACUCGCUCGAGCAUGCCGAUGCCGAGACGCUGCAGCACAUCAACACGUACGGCGGACGGCGCCAGCCGCUGUUUGGGGCACACGACGACGCCGCCUCCAGGGCCCAUCUGCUCAUCUGGGCAGAGGACGCGGACCAGAAGGAGCCAACAGUCAUCAUCAACGACGCAUCAGAUCGCACACUUGACUUUGCCAUAUCCGCCGCGCCGUUGGCCGCUGACAACGAGCGCCUCCUCCGCGACUUUGCAGUCCAGGCCCAGUCGCUGCCAGAGCACCCCGACCCCCAACAACGCACAUACAAGUCCAACUUUGAGAUAGAAGCUGCGCUGCCGCCAAAGAGCAAGCCCGAGACCCACAAUGGCUACCUCAACGUGUGGCGCACCGACAAGAGCAGCAACAUGACGCCCGAGGAGCUUGCCCAGGUGCUGACCAAGGUGAAUAACAAGGCCCGCGACUCUGGCUUCUCCACGACCAUCGUCAUGAUGCCGCGCUCGGCCUCGUCCAAGUCCAAGCGUGCCGCCAACCCCUGGGGCACCUACGACCUCCCCGCCAUGGAGGCGCGUCGCCAAAACCCCGAGGCCGUUCUCUCGUCGCAAGCCGUACCCGCAACCUCCAAGGCCCCCUCCCUCGAGGACUUCCCUGUUGUUACUGAGGCCAACGGCAACAAGAACGCAAAGGGACCCGUGCGCGGCAUCCUCCCCGCCUGCUUCAGCUCGAUGAGUGCUUGCCAGAGCCAGACGCACAACUGCUCCAGCCACGGCGAGUGCACGCUCCUCCACAAGGGCCGCGGUUCUGGAUCUAACCAGGAGACGAUCGACUGCUACGGAUGUGCCUGCAAACCCACCGUCGAGCACGUCGGCGAAGACAAGGGCAUGGAAUCGAAGAGGAAGGUGACGUACUGGGGAGGCCCCGCCUGCCAGAAGAAGGACAUCUCGGUCCAGUUCUGGCUUUUCGUCGGCAGCGGUGUCAUCCUGGCUUUCCUCGUUUCGGCUGGUAUUGGCAUGCUCUACAGCAUGGGCUCCGAGGAGCUGCCUAGCGUCAUCGGUGCUGGUGUUAGCGGACCCAGCGCAAGGAAGUAG